AUGUCUGGCCGCUUCGUUAGAGCUUCAAAAUACCGACACGUCUUCGGGCAGUCCACCAAGAAGGAGCAAUGUUACGACAACCUCCGCAUCUCUAAGAAUGCUUGGGACACGAACCUGAUCAAGGCCAACCCCAAGUACCUCUCGGUCAAUUGGGAGGCCAGCGGUGGUGGCGCCUUCGCAGUUAUCCCUGUCGAUGAGCGUGGAAAGCUGCCCGAUGUUAUGCCACUGUUCCGUGGCCACACUGCCGCCGUCCUCGACACCGACUGGAACCCCUUUGACGACUCCAUCAUUGCUUCUGGUUCCGAUGACGGAAAGGUCUUUGUCUGGAAGGUCCCCGAAGACUUCAGUCUGCACACCGACGCCGACGAGCCCACCGAUGUCAGUCCUGUGCACAAGUUGUCUGGCCAUACCCGCAAAGUCGGCCACGUUUUGUUCAACCCCUCGGCCGCCAACGUCCUGGCUAGUUCCUCAGGCGACUACACCAUCAAGCUGUGGGAUCUCGCUUCCAACGAUCCUCGCCUUACUCUCAAGCACAACGACAUUGUUCAGUCUCUGUCAUGGUCAGCCGAUGGUGGCAUGCUCGUGACCACUUGCCGUGACAAGAAGAUCCGUUUCUGGGAUGUAAGACAAGAAAGACCAGCUCAUGAGGUUCAGGGACACCCCGGCGCAAAGAACAGUAGAGCAGUAUGGAUGGGCGAGCAUGAUCGUGUAGCCACGACUGGCUUUUCGCGCAUGAGCGACCGUCAACUUGGUCUGUGGGACGUGCGCAACCCCAAAGAACCCAUCGGUGGUUUCUCCAUUCUCGACUCCAUCAGCGGUGUCUGCAUGCCCUUCUGGGACGAUGGCACCCAGAUGCUGUACCUUGCUGGCAAGGGCGAUGGUAACAUUCGUUACUAUGAGUACGAGAACGACAAGUUCGAGUAUCUUUCCGAGUACAAAUCGGCCGACCCUCAACGUGGCGUUGCUUUCGUGCCCAAGCGUGGUGUCAACCUGCACCAGAACGAGGUCAUGCGUGCCUACAAGACGGUCAACGAGAACCUGAUUGAGCCCAUCUCAUUCAUUGUUCCCCGCCGUGCAGAGGUCUUCCAGAACGAUAUCUAUCCUCCCGCCACUGGCAGCAAGCCUUCCAUGUCUAGCGAGGACUGGUUCUCGGGCAAGGAAGCUGCUCUCCCACCAAAGAUUUCUCUCGAGAGUCUGUACGAGGGCGAGACCCCCGUCGAGAUUCCUGCUGAGAAGGCCCCUUCUGCCGCCCAGGUCAAGAGCACUCCCGCUCCUGGUUCAAUCUCUUCCUCCUCCGCCCCAACUCCUGUUCCUGCCUCGCCUGCGAAACCCGAGCCAACACCUGCUCCCGUCACCAGGGGAUCGAUGCAGGACAACCAAGCAAGCAUGUCCGCCAUGGCUGACAGAUUCGCUGACAAGGAUGAGGUAACUCAAUCGAAGGGCAACGCCAACGAUGAAUUCGACGAAGUCCCCAAGCCCGUUCAGCGGCCCACCUCAACUGUUGCUACUAAGCAAGAGGAGAAGACUGGGGUCCGCACGCCCCCACAAGUCCAGACACCUACAACCACCAAAUCUGCUCCAGCUCCCGAGCCUGCUGAGCCCAAAAUCAACGACAUCAAGUCGCCAGUAGCCGAGACACCCAAACCUGCGCCUACUAGCGCAGAGCCACCGACCUCAGCCACAGGCGCAGCGAAGGGAGCCGCUGAGGGCAUCAAGGGUGCCUUGUCCGAAAUCAGAAGUCUGUUGGUGCAGCAGGCUCAGGACAUGGCAGCACAGGCCGAGCGUAUUGAGAGCUUGACAAAAGAAGUGGCCAGCCUCAAGAGUCGUUUGGAAGGUUAA